AUGAGUUUGAGUCAGCUUUCUAACAGAAGAGAAACUAGUAAAAGGAAAAAAAAAAUUGUAACAUAUGAGUCGAGAAAAGAGAAAAUUAAUAAAGAAAAAAAUUUUGAGAAUUACACAAAUAUCAGGAUUAAUAGAAGUGAAACUCCCUACUGGAAUAAAAAAAAUUAUUAUGAAAUUGAAAAAUGUAUAAUGAAUUACGAAAAUUUUAAUUUAAUAAAAAAAAAUUUUUUUGAGGUUCCAGCACAUAGUAGUAGUACACCUACUUUAAAUGAAAUAAAAUUAGAAUAUCCCAACAAUAUGCAAAAAAAAAAAAAAAACCUUAAAAAGAUGAAUGAAAAAAGUGAGUUUAAAAAAAAUAUUAGUAAAAAUGUUAGGAAAAGAAGAAAUUUACAAAAUGAAAAAAGAACGUAUUCGAUUAAUAAAUAUAAAGAAAAAAAAAAAAAAGGUUGCAUAAAAAGUGGUGAUAUAAGUUCAAAUAAUAAAUAUGAAGAUUACUGUAAUAAUCCUGAUUAUAAAAUUCAUGGAGAGUAUCAUGAUGAAUGUAAUUAUGAUUAUAUAAAAAAUGAUAGUAAAACAACAAUUUUUGAGGAAAAUUUAAAAAAAAAAGUGUAUACUUGUGAUAUACAUCUCCUAUUUAAUAAUUUUUGUCAGUUUUUUAAUUGUAACAGUAACCAAGAAUCUAUAAAUGAUGAGACACUUAAAUCAGAAUUAACGAUAGAUUCAAAUAAUUCUAAAACAAAUGAUUUAUUUUGUAAAAAUGAAUUAUAUCUUGAAUGGGGGCAUAUAAAUUCUCCAGGGAAUUCAACAGAUGUAAGUAAAAAGGAUAGUAUUAUAUGCUUCAAUGAGUCUGACAAUAAUAAAUGUUCUGAGUAUAAAAAAAAAUAUAUUAAUUUAGAAAACAUAAAAAUAAAUAAUAGCACUACUGAAAAUUAUGAAAAUUCCUUAAUGGACAUGCCUUUUGCUAAAACAAAUGAUUAUGAUACUAUUAAUGAAAUGGUAACAGGGGAUAAUACAAAAAAUGAAGGAAAUUUUAAAAAAGAAAGCAUCAGUAAAAUUUUAAGAGAUGAAAAUAGUGAAAAUGAAGAGAAAAGAAAUAGUAAUGGGAAUUUAACUACUUACUAUGAUAAUAUAAGCAACUUAGAUAUGCCAUCAUUAUUAACAAAAGAAAUAAAUAACAAAAUAAAUUAUCUUGCUAACAUUGAUAAAAAUGUUGUAUUUAUUCAAAUUCAAAAUUUUUCUCAAAAAAUUGACGAAUAUAUUUCUGACGAAAGAAUUUUUAGAGCACAAAAACUAAUUGAUCAUGUAAAAAAAUACACAGAAUAUUAUAUUAACUAUUUUAAAAAAUCAAAUGAAAAGGAUGUUGUAGAAAAAUUAUUAAAAUAUUAUGAUGAAAACUGCAUGGACAAAAAUAUUAAAUAUAAUAUUAACAAUUUAAAAGUUAAUAUUAUUCUUUAUUUUUUAAAUUUUUUUCGUUUAAAUGAAAUGUCAAGUAUAUUAAAUCAUUAUUGUUAUUAUUUUUCUAUAGAUACAAUGAAUAGCAUGGCCUCAGAUACCGUUAGUGACCCAAAUGAAAAUAAUAAUAUAUCAAAAUACUACGAGGAUAAUAUGAAUCCAAAAACUUUAUAUUCUUGUGCUAAUUCUGAUUUGGGUAUACCUUGGAAGUCAAUAAAAUGUUUUAGCUUGCCAGGAAGUGGAAAUGUAUCUAAAAUAAAUAGCAAUAUAAAUAAUAAUAAUAAUAAUAGUCAUAGUAAUGAAAAUAUUAAUAAUAAUGGCAAUUAUAGUAAUGAAAAUAUUAGUAAUAAUAGUAAUGAAAAUAUUAAUUUUAAUAAUAGUAGUAGUAAUAAUAAUAAUAAUAAUAAUAAUAAUAUUAAUAAUAAUGGCAAUUAUAGUAAUGAAAAUAUUAAUAAUAAUAAUAAUAGCAAUCAUAGUAAUGAAAAUAUUAGUAAUAAUAGUAAUGAAAAUAUUAAUAUUAAUAAUAGUAGUAGUAAUAAUAAUAAUAAUAAUGAAAAUAUGAAUAAUAGCAUAAACAAUAAUAAUAAUAAUAGAGAUAAUAAAGUUAUUAUAGAUAAAAUAUAUCAUCAGCAAUACAUUACAUCCAAUAUUAUAACUAGCAACACUUUGGAGAACGAACAAAGCAUAGAUCACCAAAAUAUAAAUAUAAAAAAUAACAAUCAACGUCAUAUGGUAAAGAUAAUACAAAAAUAUUCCAAAAGAUUCAAGAAUUUUAGAAAAGCAAAACAAAACAAAGAAGGAUGGAUAAAGGAAAACGAAAAAUAUCUUGAUAUGUGGCAUAGAGUAGAUAAUGAGAAUAAUAUUUCUGUACAUGUUAGAGCUAAAUUGCCAUAUGAAGUUAAUAGAAUAUUAUCUAUUUUAAAUGAAACAGAAUUAAGUAUAAAUUGGGCUCCUUUUUUAACAUCAGCAAAAAAAAUAAAGCAUUUAUCAAGAGCAAGCUCAAUUAUUACUCAGUUAUAUGAAUAUCCAAUUAUUGGAAAAAAAGAAUCUUUAAUGUAUUGCUUAGGUGCUAAUUCUUUAGAAGAAUUAGGAUGUAUUAUAUUAUGUUGCAAAGCUCCUCCAGAACUUGACAAAGAUAUUUUAUUUUAUGAAAAUAUAUGUGAAAAAAUAAAAAUAAAUAAAUAUGAGGAAAUAAUAAAAGUUAAUGAUGUUCCAACAAAAUCCCAAAAAAGUUAUAAAGAAGUGACAUUCUUUAAUUAUAGAUUACCUGAUCCUAUACCGAAAAUAGACAGACAAAAAGCAGCUGACUUGUGUUUUUUAUUAUAUCCAUUAAACAAUGGAAAUUCAACAGUUCUUGAAUUAUUUUUACACUUCGAAAAUGAAUUUAAAUAUACACCUAUUAAAAUGGUUACAUAUUUCAUUAAAAAAAUUGUUAAAAAUAUGUAUGAAAAUAUUAUUAAAUCUUGUAAAAAUUAUGAACAUAUAUAUUCUGACUUCUUAAAAAAAAAUUCAGAAUUUUAUGUUUGGCUAGAUGAUCAAAUUAAAAAAUUUUUGAAAAGUAAACGUAACACAAAACUAAUAGAUUCAAUAAGUCUCGAAAGUUAUAAUGAUCAAGAAAAUAAUGAAUAA